AUGGACCACGCGGCGGACGCGCACCGGACGGACCUGAUGACCAUCACGCGGCACGUGCUGAACGAGCAGAGCCGGAACCCCGAGUCCCGCGGCGACUUCACCAUCCUGCUCUCCCACAUCGUCCUCGGCUGCAAGUUCGUCGCCUCCGCCGUCAACAAGGCCGGACUCGCCCAGCUCAUUGGGCUCGCCGGCGAGACCAACGGAGAGGAGCAGAAGAAGCUGGAUGUCUUAUCCAACGAGGUGUUCGUCAAGGCCCUCGUCGGCAGCGGUCGCACCUGCGUCCUUGUGUCCGAGGAGGACGAGGAAGCAACGUUCGUGGACCCUAAGCUACGUGGAAAGUAUUGUGUUUGCUUUGAUCCCCUCGACGGCUCCUCCAACAUCGACUGUGGCGUCUCCAUCGGAACGAUCUUUGGGAUUUACAUGAUCAAGGACAAGGACAAUGUCACUCUGUCCGACGUACUGCAACCUGGCAAGGACAUGCUUGCCUCUGGAUACUGCAUGUAUGGCAGUUCCUGCACGCUUGUUCUGAGCACUGGAAGUGGUGUCAAUGGCUUCACACUUGAUCCUUCACUUGGAGAGUUCAUACUAACUCAUCCAGACAUCAAGAUACCUAAGAAGGGGAGGAUUUAUUCAGUCAAUGAAGGGAACGCCAAAAAUUGGGACGUGCCUGUUGCAAAGUUUGUGGAGAAGUGCAAAUACCCCAAAGAUGGUUCGCCACCAAAAUCUUUGAGAUACAUUGGAAGUAUGGUUGCUGAUGUGCACCGUACCUUGCUAUAUGGAGGUGUAUUUUUGUACCCUGCUGACCAGAAGAGCCCAAAUGGAAAGCUCCGUGUCCUGUAUGAAGUUUUCCCCAUGUCAUUCCUAAUGGAGCAGGCUGGAGGUCAGUCCUUCACAGGCAAAGAACGGGCUCUUGAUCUGGUCCCAACCAAGAUCCACGAGAGAUCCCCGAUAUUCCUCGGCAGCUACGACGAUGUGGAGGAAAUCAAAGCGUUGUACGCCGAGCAGGCAAAGUCAAGCUCAGCUUGA